UUUUACUGAGAUCACUGUGUGACCCAGGCGGCGUUGAAGCACCAGGUUCACAGCAGCUGUUUUGUCUGUGGAGAGCUCUCCUGAAACACACAGCCACAGGCUGCUCCAGCUGAAGCUAAGUUUUGUUUUGUUUUUUUUGCCUCUUUGGUGAGUAUCAGACAUGGAUGGUUUCCGAACAAUCCUGAAAUUCUUUAUGAACCGGAGAACUGCUAUUGGCUACAGCGUUAUGGCUCUGCUGACACUGGGAAGUGAACGUGCAUUUUCUCUUGUUGCUUUCAGAUGCCCCUGCAGCAAUGAAAACUUCAAGUAUGGUUUGGCUUUUCUCUUCUCUCCAGCUUUACUUUUGUUUGUUUUUGGAUAUUUCCUGAAUAAUAAGACCUGGAAGCUCUUCACAGGCUGCUGGGUGAACCCCAGAAAAAUAUUCCCCAAAGGGAAUAUCUGCCAUUUCUUCAUCAUCUUUGGACAAAUCACUUUAAAUGCUCUGGUAGCCCCAGUGAUGUGGCUUUCUGUGGCUUUGCUUAACGGGACUUUUUAUGAAUGUGCCAUGAGUGGCCUGAGAAAUCCUGCCUACUUAGAUGCAAUUUGCCACAACAAAUCUGUGAAGUGCUUUGAGGAGCUGUACAAGGUGUCCUGUGACAAAAGCACCAUGCCCUUUUCAGAGAGUGAGGAACUCAAGCUAACACUGCAGGCACACUCCCAGAUUUUAGGCUGGUGUGUGAUAGUGGCUAUGGCUGUUUUCUCCCUGCUAACCACUUGCUGCGCCAGCUGCCAGUCGAAAGUCAGCCAUCUCCAGCUGAAGUUCUGGAAGGUGUAUGCUGAGAAAGAGAAGGAGCAACUGGAGCAGACCUUCCAGCUGUAUGCCACCAAGCUGAGCGAGAGAAACCUGAAGUGUUUUUUUGAGAACAGCAAGCCAGAAGUUAUGCCCCUGCCAGCUUUUCAGGCAUGGGAAGAUGCUUCCCAGCUCCAUACUUUCAGCAGUAGCAAACAGCAUUACAGCACAAUUCACAGGCUAGUAGAAGAAGGCCAGAAAGAAGUCAGUGAGGAAAGAGAGACAACAUAUGACUUCGUAGACAGAAGGGAAAUACCAUAGAUCACAUAUAUCUUCAGUCUUUUUCUACUGCACUAAUAUAGCAUACUUCUAGCUUCUUUAAUGUGUAUAUUUUCUUUCACAGUGGCCCUUUUCUUCAUGAUUACAUUCAGUCCCUGUUUCAUACUUGCAUUUUAUUUUAUUUUUUGAUGAAAUGAAAUUACUUCUCAACAACAGUGAAGACUGCAGUACUCACUAGUGCUUCAGGCUCAUGCCCUGCUGAUAUCAUUGGCUCCAGAUCAAGAGACAACAGCAAAAAGGAUUGAAUAAUGACUUUUGAGAGGGUUUGAACAAUAUCCUAUGUAAAAGAUGCUAGAGCACACCUGUCCUGUAUAAAUCAAAUGGCUAUCAUAAAGCAAUGCAAUUUGAAAUGGGUGGACACAAUAAUAGAAGUUUGUUGCUUUCUUACAGUCCACAGAAAGUAAAGGUUUUGCUACCAGAUCAUUUCCAGUUACAGGAAGUAUUGAGACACAGAGAUGUUUGGCUACUCGGGGCAUCUCAGUGUCUUUGGUCUCCUGUUGCAUGUAGAACACCACAGAUGGUCUCCUUGAUAACCCGUCCUCCUUAUUACUGGGAUGUCUUUGGGGGACACUGAACAGUGAUUUCACUUCACAGUGAGAUACCAAGUAAUUACUGGGACAAAUCUUGCAGUCAAACUUUUAGGUACCAAUAAUUUUGAAGGGCAUUUCUAAUGCUGCAUAGAACCACCAAUGAAUACUAGGCCUGCAGUCAGGAUAAGAUAGAGGGCUUGGAAGACAGUUCCGUGUUUUAAGAUGAGAAAAUACUUUUGCAGAGGACUGAUUUUCAUAUUUUUUGACAUCCUAGGAAAUGGUGAUUGUGUCUGGAGCCAGAGAUGCAAGCAGGUCAUCCAGGUGGGGCAAAGUCCCUGCUGUGGAUAAGGCUUCUCACUCCAUAGAUUUCUGCUUCGCCUCGUUCACGUGGAAUGUACAACAUGGUUCUCACAUUGGGUACGUGAGCCUUUGCAAAUGCUAUAUAAAAGGCAUCACAUUUCUGCCAAGUUCCUCUCCCUGAAAUUACUCAGCGGGCUUUUAUGCAGGAUUUUACUGCCAGGCUCCCUGAGUCUGCAAAGAAUCAUAGCUUUGCACAGCUCUAAUCAGGCUAUUAUCAACAAAACAAUAUGCAUUACCCAGCUCUUCACAUACUCACUGUGUUUCUUGAGAAAAAAAAAAUCUAUCUGCAUUUACAGACCAUUAAUUUUUUAGUUCCACUAUUUACUUAGACUUCUUUUGGUGGUUUUUUUCUGUAUAUUAAGAAGUUUUUUUGCUCUUUGAGUAGUUUUACUGUUUGUUUUUUUCAUCCUAGCUGCCUCACUUUGCAGCAGACUUACGUUAUGUUAUGCACCUCAGUGUACAUGCUGCAGCUGAAAGCCUAGAGGCAAGCCUGCCAAAAUGAAAGUCAUGACAGCAAGCAGGUCUGGCAACAGUGAGACAGACCUGCAGGUUGUCACAGAACUAUGGCCUUUCACUUCACUAAAUUCAUGGCAGAAAAUAACCAGAGCAUGGGCGAAGCUCUGGGUAUGUGUGAUUACAACAGACAGGAAGGAUGCUGUUUGUAAAAGCCCAUAUCACAGGUAUUCUGAUCUCACCCAGAAAACUAUUCACAAACUAAGCUUUAUUGGUGUAAUGGCAGGGAGUUUGGAACUAGAUGGUCUUUAAGAUCCCUUCUUACUGUAGCUAUUCUAUGAUUCUAUGAUUCCCUUUGAUUUGUUCUCUUUACUUAUUUUCUUCUGACAUUCGUACAAUCAGUCUCAUACUGAUCCUGUAGGAUUUUGUAUCCUGCAGAAGAUGAUGAUCUUUAUUAUAUGCAGUUUAAAAGAAGAGACAAAACCUUCCAAAAGAAUCAAAUGCUGGCUUUUACUUCAGGCCUACUGAAAGAAAAAUCAUUUCUAUUCCUCUGCUAAAUUUUCCUUCCCAAAGCUGUCUGUUUACCUCACCAGCACCAAAGAAACCCAGAGCAAGCAAGGACGAAACUGAGAGUGCACUAAGUAGAUUAAAAAGCUGAUAUGCUUAUAUAAGGAACAGGUUGGGUUGACAUAAUGAUGGGUUCUCUACUGUUCAGUAAGAUCUGGGAAACAAAGGUUAAAGCAUGUGUAGAAGAGGAGGGAAAGGUGGGAGGACCAAGCGGACAAUUUUUCUUCCACAGGAGGUAGAAAAGGAGCACUCCCCUCACUCUCCCUUUGCUGCAUGCUUACAGGUGAUUUGUACUGAGAGUGUGAGGAGAUGCUGGCUGCAGCUAUCAACCCUCUGUUCUGGUCUGCUGAGAGCAAGAUGCACUUAACAGCCCUAUGGCAUGAAAGAUCUGAUGGUUUUGGCUAGCCAGCUGCAGGGGGCUGCUGCUUCUGCAUUCCCUUUUCCCUGUGCCUCAUAGCAUGGUCUCUACUUUGGAAGUACAGCUGCUGAGUGCCGAGUACUAUGACAAGUGCCUGGUUGGAGCCUCAGUAUCUCAGUGAACUUUGUUCCCAGGGCAGUGUUAUUUUAGCUCUGCUCUACUUCCAAAAUGUCUGUGAUUUAAUGCAAUUGCCAUGUGGUUCUUGGAAUACUUCUAUCAAAACAGGCAAAAAUAAAUUACAGUUUGACCUAUUUUUUUUCAGAAAGAAUCUGAUUUUGGCAAAUUUAACUCUAUUCCUAAAUCAGUUAUCACAAAAAGCUUUUUUGUAUCAACGCUGUCACAGAAUUAAAGUUAAGCAGCUGCCACAGAAGAUCAUUUUCAAUACUAUUAAAAACAAAGUGAUCAAAAAAAAGAAGCAGAAUUGACAUUUUCUCUCAGAAAAUUUAGAUUUUGUAUUAACUUUGAUGCCUGUCAAAUGAGUCCACAAAUAAACAGGAAGCAUCUGGUCUCUUUCUA